AUCCGUGCUGUUCACACACAGACCAUAAUAACCUUCGGCUCGUACCCGUACUCGUCUCCGCGCGCACCGGUCGCGUCGCCUUGUUUUUAUCGGCGCUGUUAUUAUGUAGCGUUUGGACGUUUCAUUUCUGAGCAGUUCACACGCGCGUAUUUAUUUUUUAGUGUGAAUGCAUAAGUUUGUCCAAAUAUAACGGAGGUUGUUGACAAUCAGGAGGCCUGUGGACAGUUUUGACACCGUCGCAAAACUUCGGUUACGGAAGAGCAACUAGUGUGCAGCCAUGACCUUUUAUUCUGCGCCAUGUAGCGACUUGUUGUAGGAUUAUUUUCACAUCUGGAGUUUAACCCCAUCCACAGCCGAGCUCAGACAUCGUUUGACUGAUCCCAGCUCGCUGUUUUGUUUUGUUUUGUUUUAAAGGGACGUUGUUUGUUUUUAGGGCCCGAGCAGCGCGUCCUGAACAAAAACGCACUGAGAUAAACACAUGGGGCCCAAACAGAGCAGUCCGGCGGCUAGUGCUCGCCUCAGGGCUUACUCAGGCUCGGAUGUGCCCGCUUCCACCACCACAGCCGCCGGUUCCGGGAGCGCGAGCGCAGCGGCGAUUCGGUACUACAACGGAAACCAGCAGCAGGUCGGAGCGCGCGGACGGUACGCGGCGGACGGCGCGAGACCCAACUCGCUUUUUCAGCCCACCAUCAUAGCGCAAGGCAGCGGGACUCAAAGCGAUGAAGACGCAGACGGAGAGCGAAGUCAGUCCGGUCCGAGGUUACUGAUAGGAUCGUUACCGGCCCACCUGUCUCCUCACCUGCUCGGAGCUGGAUUCAACUGUCCUGUGUGUUCAAAAUUUGUUGCUUCAGAUGAAAUUGACCUUCACCUUGUCAUGUGUCUCACCAAACCGAGACUCACCUAUAACGAGGAUGUCUUGAUGAAGGACUCUGGGGAGUGUGCAAUAUGCCUGGAUGACAUGGAACAGGGAGAUACCAUUGCCAGACUGCCCUGCCUCUGUAUCUACCACAAAGGGUGUAUUGAUGAAUGGUUUGAGGUGAAUAGGUCUUGCCCAGAACACCCUACGGAUUAAACAAUUGCUAACAUUGCACAGGUUCUCUCAUUUCAUCACUGAAGACUGCACACCCUGUGAUCCAGAACCUCAGUGAUUUUACAAAGACCUGUCAUCACCUCAGAUUCACACCUGUGCCAAAAGACAAUUAAAACUGACUCAGGGAUCCUGCCCAUGUGUGAUUUUUUUUUUUUUUUUUUUUUUUCUUCCUUCCCCAUUUCCAUUUUAGCACACCAAAGGACAACAGAGUGCAAAAAUGCACUGCUGUGUUGAACCAUCUGGGCUUCAGGAUGUAGCGUCACUGUAUCUACACUGGACACGAUUCUUUCCUCCUGAGUAAGAAACACAGCUCAGGAGAACGAGGACAUUUCAGUCAUUGAACACAGCCACGUUGUAGACAUAAAGGAUGCUGGGUGAACUUUUUUAAAAUUUUCUGUAAAUAGAGAUCUGGAGUAGAAACUAAUUUUCAUCUCUCCAUUCAAAAGAAAUGGUCCAUUUUCUUUCUUUCCUUUUUUUAGUGUGGAGAUUACAUAGCUCUGGUGCUAAAAUAAUCAAGUGCCAUUUUUUUGCUAAAAUGUGCUGCUGUGUUUCACAGGCAAUAGUCGUAGAUGAAAUUUUACUAAAGCAUUUCGUUUUCUAUGAGUUUGGGUUCCACAUUUCACAGGAACAAGCUGUUCAAGGUGAACACAGAACUGAAAGCUCACUGUAAUCUGACCACUUAUUGUUGAUGCUUGUAGUUUUGACGUGUCCUGUGUCACAGAAUGACAUCGUAGCUUUUUGAAAAUCAUGUGGCGAGUCGUUAUUUGAAGUCCAUGUUUUGAUUGUACACUUAAUAUAAGAAUGGGAUAGCCAUAUGUAAGGUGUGUACUGUAGUUAGGCUUAUUACAUAAAAAAAAAUCCUCGAAUUUACUUAUUCAAUUGUACUUUAUUAUUUUUUCCUGAAGGAAAAGAAAAACAUUUUGUAGAAAUGUUAUCGAGUGAUUUUAGUAAUGCCACCAGACCAAUACAUUGCACUAAUACAGGACAAUAGAAUUAUCUGGAGAAAAAUCCACUUUGAUGAAUUUCAUGAAUAUUAUGAGUUUGUAAGUUAUUUGGUUAUUGCCAUUUCAUUAUGAAGUACCACUGAAUAACUGUAAAUUUCAUUGAAGAUAUAUCUAACAUAAGUGCAAUUUAGAGAAAUGAUAAAUGUCCAUCAAAACCUUUUAAUAUUUCAUCACUUCAAAUCUGUGUUUGGUUCCUCAUCAUUUUGUGUCAAAAAUCGCAAUAAAGCACUGGGAACCUGU